AUGGCAGAGGAGCGCGCCGCCGUGUCGCCGUCUAACAACCGUCAAACGACCACGCCGCGCGCGAGGACCCGCCGGGUAGCCGGAAGGAAUGUCUGGUGCGACCCCGUCUCCCCAGGCUUUGCACGGGAGCAGCGGCCGCACUCCGUCGUGCGCGUGCUGCGCACCGAAGACCACCACGGCAGCUCCUCCACGCCAAACCGUACGCGGCCGUUAAAUUCUCCUUCGCCAGGCACCGACCGGUCCCUGACGAACCUGCUCCCCAACCAUUCCCCCAACACCUUCUUGUCUCACGGUGCGUCGUCGACGGCGAUCCGCGAGGCAACGCUGCCGACGUACAUCCAGUCAGAGUUGAACUCGAGCAAUGCGCCGGACAGCGUUAGUCUCUCUAAGUCGCUGAAGAAGUUGAAGGACGACGACGACUCUGAGUCUGACGACUUCGCGGACGACCGCAGGCGGAUGGUGCGCAAUCCACUGAAGAGGAGCAGCGUCAGUCAUCUGGGCCGCUUCAGCAGCACGUCCAGCUCCGAUUUGGAGCACGCGGGCGUUGCAUCGGAGGUGCUCGCCAUGCCACCCACCUCUGACCGCAAGUCGAGCGAGGAGAUCGUCAACCCCACCGACACUGCCUUCCCGCUGGGUGGCGAUGGCGCUGCCCAAGUGCUCAUGGCGGAGCUCGAGGAGGGCCCCGAUGACGGCAAGCGGCUCAGUUUAAUCGACGUGCAUUCUCUCGACUCCGACGACGAGCCUUCCAAGAGGGAGGACCGUGAGCCACACGUGUGCUUUACCUUCUCCAGCCUUCCCGCCGUCGCCUUCAUUAUGUGUGUCGGCGCUGUCGUGGUGGGCCUUCUCGGUUUCCUGCCCUUCUACUUUGUCGGUGUGCGGUCGAACUCCCUCACCACCGGUUAUCUUCUGAGUGAGGCCAUGAAGGGCGUCGCUUCCAUCACGGAGAACAGUCUGGCAAUGCUGCCCGCCUUUGUGCACAUCGUCACCUUCAACUACAUCAAGACGCAGAUCACCACGCUGAACGAGACCAACCUGCCCUCCACUCCAGAGCAACUGCUGACGUCGCUGCUCACGGUGCUGACCCGCUUCAACCAGUCCAUCUUUUACAUCCGCUUCAUCUACGAGGGAGACCUCUACACAAACGCCGGCUACACGGAGGAAUACACGCAGGUCUUCGGCGGCUACACGGACACCCCCACCACGGUGCCGCUGAAUGAGGUUUACGAGGGCAACGUGUCCUUCGUCGACGGGCCUGGUGGCCACAACAAGCUUCGCGACUUUGACUUCGCGCGCGAGGUGACCAUGGCGGCUGGGCCGAUGGAGCAGAUUGUGAAGCCGUGGGCGAAGAACACGACGAACCACACGCGCUGGCUGCUCGCUUCCGAUAACGAGACGUCGACCUACUUCAACUUUGUGAUGCCCUUCAGCGUCGAUAGCAAUCUCGGCUACUGCGAGGCGGGCUCGAGCUCGGACACGGUCAUUGGCGAGACGACCACCCUCGUUCCCUUUCUGCGCGAGCACGGACGUAUUUUUCUCAUCGACAACACACGUAAUAUCCUCGUCGGUAACAGCUGGAACCAAAGCCUGCAGACCGUGUCGACGGACCCCGUGACGAACAAGACGACGUUCAUCCCUACCAAAGUUUACGAAAUCAACGAGGGUAUCAUUCAGGCAGCCAUGCGGCAGGUGAACGCCUCCGGUGGCUUGGCGGCGAUACUGACGGGCGGCACAAAGUUGGUGCCCUUCAGCUUUGAGGGGGCGGAGGCUUCGCUCAACCUGACCCGCGUUUCGGACUCGUACGGCCUAGACUUGAUCCUGGGCGUCGUCGUGGUGCGUGCGGACUUUGAGAAGGCCUUCUCCACUGCCCGCACGGCGGUUAUUGCUGUGACGGUGGUGGUGGUCGCCAUUGCCGCCGUUGUAGCCGUCGUCAUUGCGUGGUUCGUCGUGCGGGAGAUGAAGCGGCUCAUCCCGCAGCUCAUCCGCGCGUCCAACCUGGAGGUGUCUCGUCGCGACGAGAAGGACAACAGCGUGCACGGCUGGCUGGCGUGCAUCACCGAAAUCCGCGGCAUUCACCAGGCCUUCGUGCGGGUGGAGAAGAGUCUGCGCGAGAUGCGCACCUUUGUACCGGCGGCCGUCAUGACGCAGGCAACAUCGGAUGGCUCGCGCAGCGACAUCGACUUCGGCGACGGCAAAACACGCCGUGUCCGCACCCGCUUCAACGCGAACAUCGUCAAGGACAACACGAACGAGUUCUCGCGGGUGGAUGUGGCGAUGGUGCUAGUGGACGUGCACCGUGCCAUGGACACGUCCGAGGCGCGCCUGGUCAUGGACAUCAUCUCGCAGCGCGCCGAGGAGCACACGGGCUUCAUCGAGUCCGUCAGCACCAGUAGCUUCUUCCUUAACUUCGGUACGCAGUCGCAGAACCCGCUCGUGGUGUCGAAGAUCUGCAACUUUGCGCUGGAGGUGUACAGCGCGGUGCCGGAUCAGCUGCGCAACCACAUCGUCUGCUUCGCCGUCCGCAUGCCGUUUCUGGUCGGCACCUGUGGCGCCAAACAUAGCAAGGCCCGCGUCGUGUUCGACACGCAGAAGAUGCUUGACAUUUCGAAGGUGCUGUGGGACAUCGGCUGCCACGUUGCCUCCACGACGGACACGCUCUCACACUUCGCGACCAGCAGCUCGCAGAUCCCGUGGUACCGCAUCGACUGCGUGCGCUUUCCGGACGAGGUGUCGCAGGUGACCCUGUGCGAGCUGCGCGAGCCGAAUGCGCUGCUGGUGGACAACGUGAACAUGCCAAAGAAGAUGGGUGACGGCCUCUCCAAGAUGUGCAAGGGCGAGUACAAGGAGGCGUUGCAGAUCUUUGACUCCGUUCACAGCGACAACGUGCAACUGAAGCGGCUGCGCCAGAUCUGCCUCGACCGCGCAUCGACGGGUGACACCAGCAAGUACAUCCACCUCAUCCAAGACGUGUACGCUCUCGACGCGGCGGGGAGCAGAAGCGCCGACGUCGCCAUCGGCGAGCCGCCGGUGUUCGCGGACAUGACGCCCACGUCCACUGCCCCCAACGGCGAGGAGGCGGGCGUGCGGCGCGACCCUCUUGUCGAUGUCCCCAUCUUCUCGAAGAGCUUUCUCCAUCCCACGUCGAUCCUCACCCCGUCGCAGCGUGCCCAACUGCUGGGCGACGCCCCCACACCUCUCGCGCGCCACACCGUCACCAACACCAAAACAAACACCACCAGCGCUGUUGCCGCAGCUGCCGUCGUCGCCGCGUCGGCGAACACCUCCGGCGGGGAGGCGAUGGAGCCGUCGCGGCUGACGGAGAAGGAGGUGGACAAGGCGAUGGGGCCGCGGCCGCCGGCCGAGGUCGGUGGACCACACGGACUCGGACUGCCGCCCUUGUUGCCCAAGAACGCUAAUAUGACGGGUGGUGGCGUCACCUCCAGCAUUCCCGGCAGUAACCACGCAGCUUGGCACGUCACGGGCGGCUCGCAUCUCGGCACCAGCUCCCACCUGCAGGACCAGGUGGACGCCAUGUCGUUCCUGACGGACGCCUUUGUCUUCGACUCGUCGGUGGCCUCGGCCGAGGCAAUUGGCGCUGCGGUGCCCAGCUCCGCCGAUGAACCGCAGGUGCUGCGCGACGUGAACCAACACGAGUGGCAGGUCUCCCUCUUUCCGGUCGGCAGUGGUGCCUUCAGCGCCGUCUACCUCGGCAUGUCCGAUGAUGGAGUUCAGGUCGCCAUCAAGCGCAUUCCCCGACUUCACCGCGGCAUCAAGGAGGAGGAGAUGGUGUCGGAGGUGUGCACGUGCGCCAAGCUGCGCCACCCGAACAUCGUCCCUUACAUCUCCUGCUGUGUCACGCAGUCGUAUCUCGCCAUCAUUAUGGAGUACAUGCCAGGCGGUUCGCUGCACGACAUCAUCGAGAACUUCGGCAAGCUGCCGCGUACGGUGGUGCGCCGCUUCAUGCUGGACAUCGUGAACGGGCUGGCCUACCUGCAUGAGUCGACGACGCACGGCGACGUGAAGCCGCACAACAUUCUACUCGGCGUCGACGGGGUGUGCAAGCUUUCCGACUUCGGAUCCGCCUCGGACAAGCUGACCGAGGCAGCCUGUGUGAACGAGGACCGCCUGCUGCGCGGGACAGCGGUGUACAUCUCACCGGAGGGUGCACGGAACUUACCACUGACCUCAGCCUCCGAUAUUUACUCGUUGGGCAUCUCAUUCCUGGAGAUGGUGCUGGGCCGGCUGCCGUGGCGGUGGGCGGAUUUACAGAGACAAGACGCACUGCCUCUGCGCUCCGACCACGAGUUUGUCCAAUGCCUCAUCGCCGGCGUCAUUGUGGUUGACAUCCCCGAUAACCUCGAUCACGAUAUGCGUGAAUUGGCCCUCGCCGCUUGCGCGGAGGUUCCCGAAAAUCGUCCAACGGCGCAAGAGUUACUGUCCUUCUCCUUCCUUAUUUAG